UGUGGGGGUGGACAGUGGACUCUGACCUGGGACAUUGCUGCCCUUGGCCUCCUCAUCGCUGCCACUAUCACCAUGCUGCCCCUUGAGACCCCACUGCUCUUGACCCUGCUGCUGGUGGCCAACUCACUGGCCCAGAGGGUUCGACCCCCUCGGCCCCCAACCCUCAUCAGCAGCAUCCAGCCCAAGGCCAGAUUCAAUGCUCAGCAGUUUUCAGGGACCUGGCUCCUCGUGGGUGUGGGCUCUGCCUGCCGCUUCCUACAGGAGCAGGGUCACCAGGCUGAGGCCACCACAUUGCACGUGACUCCCCAGGGUGCAGCCAUGGUCAUCAACACCUCCCGCAAGCUGGAUGGGAUCUGCUGGCAGGUGCGACAGCUCUACAGAGACACAGAGGUCCCUGGCCGCUUCCUGCUCCAAGCUCAAGGAGCCCGGGCCCCUGUGCACAUGGUGGUUGCUGCGACUGACUACCAGGGCUUCGCCGUCCUAUACCUGGAGCGGGCGAGGCAGCUGUCUGUGAAGCUAUACGCCCGAUCGCUGCCUGUGAGUGACUCUGUCCUGAGUGUGUUCGAGCAGCAGGUCAAAAGUGCCAACCUGACUGAAGACCAGAUCUUAUACUUCCCCAAGUAUGGUUUCUGCAAGGCUGCUGACCAGUUCCACAUCCUGGAUGAAGUGAGGGGGCAAGGCCUGCGGGAGCCGUGAUGGGUCACCUGCUGCCCUCCUCGGUGAGCUCCAGAGCAGCGCUGGUCAAGGUCAGGGCCCUGUGGUUCUUGAGGAGUCUCCCCUGUCUGCUCUCAGAAGCCACCUCCCCCUGGGAGCUCAUUAAACAUCACAGUGGA